CCUAGAGGAUGCGCUCCCCCGCGUCGAGCAGCAGAGGCCACCGCUCCCAGAAAUGCGUGCGCCCGAUCCCCUUCUCCCGGACCCGAGGAGCCCGCGCCCCCGCCCUGUAGGGUUAUGAUUCACUGAUUUAAAAAGAAGGACUUUUCCAAAUACUUUGCAUUUUGAUUGUGUAUUAUGGAUACCAAGGAAGAGAAGAAGGAACGGAAACAAAGUUAUUUUGCUCGAUUGAAAAAGAAAAAACAAGCCAAACAAAAUGCAGAGACAGCCUCAACUAUUGCUACAAGGACCCACACUGGAAAAGAGGAUGCUAAAACAAAAAAAAAAGAACAAGACAAAUGCAACAUUGCUGUAGAAGAGGAAUAUAUUACUGAUGAGAAAAAAAAGAGAAAAAAUAAUCAGUUAAAGGAGAUCAGGCGUACAGAACUAAAGAGAUAUUAUAGUACUGAUGACAAUCAAAACAAAACACAUGAUAAAAAAGAGAAGAAGAUGGUGGUUCAGAAGCCCCAUGGUACUAUGGAAUACACUGCUGGAAGCCAGGACACCCUAAACUCCAUAGCCCUGAAGUUUAACAUCACUCCCAAUAAAUUAGUGGAACUGAAUAAACUUUUCACACACACUAUUGUUCCAGGCCAGGUCCUUUUUGUGCCAGAUGCCAACUUUCCUUCCAGUACCUUAAGAUUAUCAUCAUCCAGUCCUGGUGCUACUGUCUCUCCUUCAUCAUCAGAUGCAGAAUAUGAUAAACUGCCUGAUGCCGAUUUAGCAAGAAAGGCCUUAAAACCCAUUGAAAGAGUCUUAUCAUCCAAUUCUGAAGAAGAUGAGCCAGGCGUGGUAAAAUUUCUAAAAAUGAAUUGCCGAUACUUCACCGAUGGAAAGGGGGUGGUCGGAGGCGUCAUGAUUGUUACUCCCAACAACAUCAUGUUUGACCCUCACAAGUCUGAUCCCCUGGUCAUUGAAAAUGGUUGUGAGGAGUAUGGCCUCAUUUGCCCCAUGGAAGAGGUGGUUUCCAUUGCUCUCUACAAUGACAUUUCCCAAAAAAAAAUCAAAGAUGCCUUGCCAUCGCCUGGAGAAUGGGAAGACCUGGCUUCAGAAAAAGACAUCAACCCCUUCAGUAAGUUCAAAUCUCUCAACAAGGAAAAACGGCAGCAGAAUGGGGAGAGAACCAUCACUUCAGAUUCCAAAUCCAUAAGACCUUUGGAGAAGUCAACAGAAUACACGCACAUGAAGCCCUCAGAUGGCUCUCAGUCAGGAAAGGUAAAGACACUCGAGUCUUCUACAGAGGCAACCAGUGGAUCUGCCACAGUGACUAAGGUCAGCAAGGAACCUUCUGACACUCGUGCUGCAUUUGAAUCUAUAGCCAAAGAAAAUUCCCUUUUAGGGGAAGAUGAUGACUUUGUUGACUUGGAAGAACUUUCUUCUCAAACUGAUAGUGGAAUGGACAAAAGAGACACCUCAAAGGAGUGCCUUUCUCUUGACCCAAAAGAGCUAAGGAAGGCUAAGUCCCGCAUCAUCGGUUCCACUACAGAAAUGCAGGUGCAAUCAGCUCUGAACUUUUCAGGAACAGAUAAUGACGCUGAACUGAAGGGGGCCCUAGAUUUAGAAACCCGUGAGAAGCAAGAUAUAAUGCCGGAGGUGGACAAGCAGUCUGGUUCCCCAGAAAGCCAGGUGGAAAACACACUGAACAUACAUGAAGAUCUAGAUAAAGUUAAACUCAUUGAAUAUUACCUGAAUAAGAACAAAGAAGGGUCACAGUUAACUGAAAACUUGCCGAAGGCAGAAUUAAGUGAUGGCAAAAGUACUGAGCCAGUGGGAAUAGAUAUCACCCUUAGCAGUUCUCUUCCCCAGGUAGGCGGUCCCCCAACUGAGGGCAGUAAGGAGACAGAUAAAACUUGGGUGAAAGAGAGAGUGUCCCUCCCAUUGCAACUGGCCUCUUCUACAGAAGAAAAUGUGAAUAAAGGGUCUUUAGACACCUCUUCAGAAUCUACCCUGGACAACAGCUGCCAAGGGGCACAAAUGGAUAAUAAGUCCGAAAUUCAGUUGUGGCUAUUAAAGAGAAUUCAGGUACCCAUCGAAGAUAUACUUCCUUCAAAAGAGGAGAAAAGCAAGACUCCACCCAUGUUUCUGUGCAUUAAAGUAGGAAAGCCGAUGAGAAAAUCCUUUGCCACUCACAGUGCAGCCAUGGUCCAGCAGUAUGGCAAACGAAGAAAGCAGCCAGAGUACUGGUUUGCUGUUCCUCGGGAGAGGGUGGAUCACUUGUACACGUUCUUUGUUCAGUGGUCUCCUGACGUCUAUGGGAAAGAUGCCAAAGAGCAAGGCUUUGUGGUGGUGGAAAAGGAAGAACUGAAUAUGAUCGACAACUUCUUCAGUGAGCCAACCACCAAGAGCUGGGAGAUCAUCACUGUUGAGGAGGCAAAGCGCAGGAAGAGCACCUGCAGUUACUAUGAAGAUGAUGACGAGGUGGCCCUGCCAAUCCUGCAGCCCCACAGUGCACUCCUGGAAAACAUGCACAUAGAGCAGCUGGCCCGACGCCUUCCAGCAAGGGUACAGGGGUACCCGUGGAGACUCGCCUAUAGCACAUUAGAACAUGGGACCAGUUUGAAAACUCUCUAUCGGAAGUCAGCGUCGUUAGACGGUCCUGUCCUGUUGGUCAUCAAAGAUAUGGAUAAUCAGAUUUUUGGAGCAUAUGCAACUCAUCCUUUCAAGUUCAGUGACCACUAUUAUGGCACAGGCGAAACUUUUCUGUACACAUUUAGCCCCAAUUUCAAGGUCUUUAAGUGGAGUGGAGAAAACUCAUACUUUAUCAAUGGAGACAUAAGUUCUUUGGAACUUGGUGGUGGAGGGGGACGAUUUGGUUUAUGGCUAGAUGCUGAUUUAUACCAUGGACGGAGCAACUCUUGCAGCACUUUCAAUAACGAUAUCCUUUCCAAAAAGGAAGACUUCAUAGUUCAGGACCUCGAGGUAUGGACAUUUGAGUGAAACUCACUCAGACUGCCUUAAAAUACCACAUUAAAAAGAUCAGGUUCCAUCAGCCCUCCUAAAGCUGGCUUCCUGGAAGACACAGCCCCGGCCCUGACUGCCUCAUCCCACCAUACUGCUUUCUUUCCGCCAACGUCUCAGAGCAUGGCCACACCGCAGAGGGAUUCUGGAAGGGACAUGUGGAGGGCAGACAAGGAAGAAAGAGUUGAAGUCCGGAGUGUUGAAGGACUUUAUACUCCCAUUUCCUUCAAAUCUAUACAGUGAGGAAUCAGAAUAUUUAUAGAUGUAUGAGUUGAAUGCAAUUUUUAUUUUUGGUAACUGUGAAAAAAAAUAUACUGUGGAAAUACAUACAUGCCUUGUGUAUUUAUCAACAUAAUUUUCAUUACCAAAAUGUACAGCAUAAUAUUGUUUGCCAUGGAAAAGCUUAGUCUUAUUUAGAAAAACUGAAAGUGCUCGGCACUUAAAGGGAAUAUAUGAUUUUUUUAAAAAUUGUCUUAUUUAUUAUUUCUAGUAUAUUGUCUAAAAUUUGUUGGCAGUUUUUUCUUUUAAUGUGUCAAAUUGAAAUAAAUGUAUACAUUUUGUGCUAUGUUUUGGCAACAAACCCAUUUGAUUUAUAUAGUUUUAUAUUGAAAUUUUUUUUUUUGGCCCUGAUUGUUUAGGGUGAUAGGUCUUAAGCAGCAUAUAUAUAUAUAUAUAUAUAUAUGCAUAAUUCUGAAAUUUUAAAAAAACUCAUUACCAAUGUUUAUUGAUUUGACUGUUGUAGGCCAGCUUUCCAUUUAGUCAUU